AUGCCCAAACAAAACCCACUGGCCGUAGGGAUCGACCUUGGGACCACCUACUCCUGCGUGGCUGUCUGUCGACGUGGCAAAGUGGAGAUCAUCGCCAAUGACCAGGGACACCGGACGACACCCAGCUACGUGGCCUUCACCCCCACUGAACACCUGGUUGGAGAGCCGGCCAAGAGCCAAGCUUCUCUCAACCCCCAGAACACCGUCUUUGAUGCCAAGCGGAUGAUUGGCCAGAGGUACGACGAUGCCACUCUACAAGAGGAUGCGAAGCACUGGCCGUUCGCCGUGCUCAGCCACGACGGGAAGUUCAAGGUCCAGGUCUCCCACAAAGGCAAGCAGAGGACCUUCUAUCCCGAAGAGAUCUCAGCCAUGGUGCUGGCCAGGAUGAAGCAGACUGCUGAGUCCUACCUAGGCUGCUCCGUCUCCCAAGCUAUUGUCACGGUGCCAGCCUACUUUAACGAUGCCCAGCGGCAGGCCACCAUAGACGCCGGAGCCAUCGCCAAACUCCAGAUCCUGAAGAUCCUCAAUGAGCCCACGGCGGCAGCCAUCGCCUACGGACUGAACGCAAAGAGCCCUGAGGGCGGGAGCCGGAACAUCCUCAUUUUUGACCUUGGUGGGGGCACUUUUGACGUCUCCAUCCUCUCCGUUGAGGACGGCAUCUUUGAAGUGAAGGCCACCGCAGGAGACACGCACCUGGGUGGAGAGGACUUUGAGAAAAGGCUGGUGGAAUACUUUGCGGGAGAGUUCAAGAAGAAGUACAAGGAGGACAUCCUUCGGGACAAGAAGGCCAUGCAGAGGCUGAAGAUGGCUUGUGAGCACGCCAAAUGCACCCUGAGCUCUUGCUUCAGCGCCAGCAUCUCCAUCGACUCCCUCCACCAAGGGAUAGACUUCCACGCCACCAUCACAAGAGCGCAUUUUGAGGACCUGUGCGCAGACCUCUUCCAAGCCACCCUGAAACCCCUGGGGAGAGCUCUGAAGGACGCCAAGAUGAAGAAGACCGACAUCAAGGACGUGGUGUUGAUCGGCGGCUCCACUCGCAUCCCAAAAAUCCAGAAGCUGCUGAAGGACUUCUUCCAGGGCAAGGAAUUGUGCAAGAGCAUCAACCCGGACGAGGCUGUGGCAUAUGGAGCCGCCAUCCAGGCGGCCAUCUUGACGGGCAACCACACUCCAACCAUGCAGAACAUGUUCCUUCUAGAUGUCACCCCGCUGUCCUUGGGGAUCAACACUCAAGGUGGGGUCAUGGCAACUAUCAUAAAACGCAACUCACCCAUCCCUACCAAGGAAAGCAUGGAGUUUACUACCACGGAAGAUGAGCAGGACACCAUCUUGUUCAUGGUGUACGAAGGGGAGAGAGCGUUGACCAAACACAACCACCUGUUGGGCACGUUCACCUUGAAAGGCAUCCCUCCCGCCCCCUGUGGGGUUCCGGUCAUCACAGUGACCUUUUCCAUCGAUGAAAACAAUAUCCUGACCGUGUCCGCCAAGGAUGUGGAAACCCAGAACACCAGCCAUUUCACCAUUUCGGACACCAGGGGCCGGCUGAGCAAAGAGGAGAUCGAAGGGAUCGUGCAGAAGGCAGAGGAGUUCCGAGAGCACGACCUUUCUCAGCAGCAGAAGAUCGAGGCCAUUAAUUCCCUGGAGUCUUGCACCCUUGAAUUGAAGAGAGCGGCAGAAGAAGACGUCCUGGACGUAGCGGCCAAACGAAGAAUGCUGCAGCUGUGUGACAGCGCCACCUCCUGGCUGGAGGGCAGCCCUUGGGUGGAGAAGGAAGAGUGUGAGCGGAGGCAGAGAGACCUGGAAGAGACGUGGGAGUCGAUCUGUAACACUCAAAUCCAGGGCGAGAGGGCAGAAGGGGCGCCUGGAGAAGAUCAGGCAGACGUGGGCGGGGGAGACCCCACCGAAGAAAUGGAGUGA